AUGGACCCCUUAUCUGCUCUUAGUCUUGCCACCUCGGUUAUACAAUUUGUCGACUUCGCGACGAAACUCAUCUCCAAGGGCAAAGAGCUGUAUCGGAGCACCGACGGCAUUCUGGCAGAUCAUGCCGAGAAGGCUGCCAUCUCCUCAAAACUAAGUACUUUAUCUAAGGGGCUCCUAUCCUCGCUAGAUGGAAUUUCAGCAACGCAAGGAUUAUCUGCCGCCCAGGAAGGCCUCCGAGAUAUUGCUCAGGAGAGUUAUGUGGUUGCGGAAGAUUUCCUAGUGACGCUGGAUGAGCUGAAGGUGGCGACGCCGGGGCGAAAAUGGAAGAGCUUCCGCCAGGCGCUAAAGACUGUGUGGAAUAAGGACAAGGUGGAGGAAAGGAUGACCACUCUGGAUCGUCUUGGCCAGGUCGUCAUCAUACAUCUGCUGUUGAUCCUUAAUGAGGACCAGAUAAAGUCUCUUGCUACAACAACCAAUGAGAUUCGAAGCAUGGAAGGCAGGGUUCGAGACACCCUUUCCGAGUAUAGAAAUGAAAUAAAACAAGAGCUUGAACAGCUGCUGCAUCAAUUAAAUAGCCUGGCCAUCCAAGCGCGAACCCAAUCGACUUCUGAGGACGAUCGGAAGAGAGAGAUUGUUCGCAAGAGCCUCCUGGAUGAAUGGAGAAAUGAGAACGACGAGGUUCUCGCGAAAAUACUUCAAACUCUCCAACAAAAAGCUGACGAUCAGAACCGAAGAUCGUUCAAACGGAUGUUUUUCGACACUUUGUAUUUCUCGAGAAUGCAUGACCGGGAAAACAUGAUAGACAGCAAAUAUGAUCUCACCCUUGGCUGGGUCUUUCGCACACCUACAGACAUGGGAUCCAUGUGGUUUGACCUACCCAGUUGGCUCUGUGGACCUGGUGGUUUGUACUGGGUAUCAGGCAAGGCCGGAUCCGGGAAGUCUACCUUCAUGAAGUGGCUCCUCCAUGAGUCGCGGACCAGGGAGGCUCUUGACAUAUGGGCUGGGGACAAGCAACUUCUAAUAACAUCCCACUUCAUUUGGAGUUCUGGUACCGAGGAACAGAAAUCAGUGUCUGGGAUGCUGCGCUGUCUUUUAUAUGAGCUGCUGAUACAAUGGCCAGAUUCAAUUUGGGAGCUCUCACCCUCCAGGUGGCGCUCCUGGGAUCUUGAACUCGGGCAUUUCCCGGCAUGGUCUGACGACGAAUUGAUCUACACUUUACAAUCUCUCCUCGGGCGCUCGGCUCACCAUCACCGAAUAUGUCUGUUCAUCGAUGGGUUGGAUGAACUUGCUGGAGACGACGAUCGGCUUGAGAAGGUGUUCCGCCUGUUACAAGAGUCAUCUCAAUGUUCACAUAUCAAAAUCUGUGUUUCUAGCCGGCCCUGGGAGUUACUCAAAAAUAAUUUCUCUUCAUAUCCGCAUCUGCGGUUGGAGGAUUUGACGUACUCUGAUAUUGAACUCUAUAUCAACACCAGACUCCGGGCAAACGAAAGAUUCCGAGCCCUCCAGCAACAAGAUCCUAGAAUCUGUUUGCAACUGGUCUGUGAAAUGAUCGAGAAAGCAAAAGGUGUCUGGCUUUGGGUUAUCCUAGUUAGUCGCUCACUCUUGCGAGGGUUAACGAACCAUGAUACAGCUACAGAUUUGCUCGACCGGUUAAGGGGGGUACCGGAGGAACUGGAAGCAUAUUUCCUCCAAAUGUUCGCCAAAAUCGAGUCAUUUUAUCGAGUCAAGUCCCUUAAGCUUCUCAGGCUGGCUUUGUACAGUCCUGGCGGAGUUUCAUUGAUGACAUGUUCCUUCCUAGACGAAGAUCACACAGAAUUUCUUUUGCAAACAGCGACGGAGCCUUUUGGCGAGGAGGAGCUGAUUCAACGGCUUCAGAGGGCAAAGAGCCGUGUUAAUAUAUUUUGCUUGGAUUUACUCGAGACCACUGACUGGGGAUCCGGGAGACACAUUUUCUACCGCCAGAGUGUUGAAUUUCUGCAUCGGACAGCGCGGGAUUUCCUUCUCGAAAAUACUACCCAGCAUCUUUUGCAGAUGCAGAAUAUGAAAGAUUUCAACGUCAAUCUUUUCACCUGCAGAGCGCUGCUAGCUCAAAUGCAAAUGCUAGAACAACCAACGCGGCUGCUCGUGGCUGAUUUUAUGAAGCAUGCAGCACUGCUGGAGAACGAGUCUCCAGAGGCACUUCUCCCUCUGACAGCUCAUCUGGAUAAACUACUAGACAGCCAGAGGAAUAAACCGUGGUCAAGUGACUCACUACCAGCCUGUCCAGUGAAGGGGUGGGAUUGCAAUACCCAAGGCCCGAAACCCCUACUUUCUCUAGCCAUCCAGCACGGACUCACAGGAUACGUCCAAAUCUGCCUAACCUCCAACCCGAACCUCGUAUUCAAGCAGCAAGGCCGGCCACUCCUAGACUAUGCACUCCGCCGGAGAAUAUAUUCACCGUUGGACGGACAAGCCGAACAGCUCGAUUAUCCAGUCGGUGGCCCCCGCGACCAACCAAACCCCCGGCUUAUCCUUCUAAUCCUCCAGCACGGCGGCAACCCCAAUGAACGGCUUGGCAGCUCUACCCCCUGGAAACUUUAUCUUGGGUACCUCAGCACCUUUGCAAAAGAGCUCAAUCAGCUCGACGAAAGUAGCCUACAACCGUGGAUCCAAACAACAGAACUGCUCGUCCAAUAUGGAGCUGCCCGGGUUCUAGAACGCCACACGGUUAUACCGCGGCAAUCAACGGGGCGCACACGAGUCAAACUUUCUUACCGAGAUAUAACUGCCUGGGAUAGUUUAGCUGCGGCUUUUGGAGCGACAGAGGCUGAUAGACUAUAUUCACUAUCCUGGAAAUUAGAUGCUACAGGGCAAUCUCUGUUGUGGAACUCAGUCCGAACUGUACGCAACUUUCUGCGAUGGGUUGGGUGA